AUGUCUCAAUCUAUAUUCCCUCCUAUUAAUUUUCUUAUUCAAAAUUCUGCAUUUUUAUCCAAUUUCGCUGCUCAAAGAGCACUUUCCAAUGGACAACCAUCAGGUUCGUCACUGGCCGCAUUGGAGAAACUAUCAAAAGCGUUCCGUCGACCGGAAAUUCAAAUCGAAAAAAUAGCAACGUCAUCAUCAUGUAUCGAUAAGAAUAAGGAGAGAGAGAAAAUGUCCCAAGUGGUUCCGUCUCGAAAUCGAUACGGACGACCGUAUAUAUCCGGUCGGCCACUACUGACAUGUGAUCGACAGAAAAUAGUGGAGUGCUAUAAGAAGGGAAUGAAGAAGAUACAUAUUGCAAAGCAGUUGGGCAUCACUCACAGUUGUGUUAGCAAGGUUUUGAGGAGAUACGCUGAAACCGGGGAAAUCGUUGCAAAAGCGUGUCGAACAGCGUCUUGUUCAUGUCCUGGAUCUGCUGAGGAACACGAUGUGAGAUACUGUAAACAUCUACAGGAUAACACUAUCCGACUUUUUUUCUCUAUUGAAAACAUACUCCGUACCGACUCCUCCAAUUCUCGAGUGAUAUACUUUUCCAAGUGUCCUGAACCUUCUGAACCAAUGGAAAUAACUACAAUUGAUCUGUGA